AUGAAGGAGAUACCAUCGAGCUGCAUGAGUAAUGGAUCACUCACUCUAGGACUUGAACAAAAAGGCAAAAGCGAGGCACAAGGCCAUCUGCUGGCAGAGACAAACUGCAGAGCCUUUACUGCUCAGCAGGCCGCUGCUGACACAAGAAUUAAGCUUCAGAUGAAGGCCGCCGAGCGGGUGUCCCCGGCCAAGCACCCGCGAUCCCCGCGGCGCCCGGGACAGCCGAGCGGGAGCUCCGUGCCCUCGCUGCUGCCACCGCGGGGCGCGGAGCUCGGGGCUGUCCCGCCGCUGUCUGCGGCUCGCCCGGAGCCCGGAGCUCCUGCCCGGGGCCGGAUCACCGCGCCCCACGGCCGGCCCGGCCCCCCGAUCCGUGCCGUGCAGUGCCGUGCCGGGGGCGGGCCGAGCCGUGUUUGCCAACAUGGGAGGAGCCGGCGGGGCAGGGCGCGGGCAGCUCGGGCUGUCCCGCAGGGACGGGCCACUUCCCGCCGGAAGGUGCCGGGCAGCGGCGGCAUGGGGAAGGUGCGGGACGGCGGCGGCGUGGCCAGGAGGCUUCUUGCCCGGCUCUUCGUGGCUCUUUUAAUUAUUGAAACACAGUGCAAAAAUGAUACUGAAGCUCUAAUAAUGUCUAAUAGGAGGAUCAUUUCCAGGAGGGAAAUUAACUGCAAGGAGGAUGAAUACAAUUUAGAUACUCAGUGUUGCAAGAAAUGCAGAAGUGGUUUUGUUAAAAACGUCUCCUGCCCAAUAGAUGUUAUCAAACACUGUGCUCCAUGUGAGAAAGGAAAGGAAUUCAUGAAUCACCCUAAUGACUUGGACAAGUGUUUGAGAUGCAAAUUGUGCGACAGCAGCUUUGGUUUGGAGGUUGUGAAGAACUGUACCCCAGAAGAGGACACGCAGUGUGCCUGUGCAAAGAACUAUUUCUGCAGUCCUGCAGGAUGUGACACUUGUAUUCCAUGUACCAUAUGUGAAAGCGGUGUGAUUGAAAAACAAUGUACUUCAGCUUCAGACACUGUAUGCGGAACGAAAGAACAAGAAAUGCUGUGGUUGAUCAUUGCUUUGGUAGUUUUGGCAGUACUACUAGCAAUAACUGGAGCAAUAGCCUGGUACAGGAGAAAACAGAGGGGUCUUAUGAACAUUGAGGACCCAAAAAAUGGAGUUUACAGAGAGACAGAGAAUGUACCUCUCAUAGUUGCAGAUGUUGACCUGAGCAGCCACAUUCCUGGUAUUGUGGCAGAGAUGACCCUCACAGACGUCAAGAAAUUUGUUCGUCACCACCGCAUAUCAGAACCUGCCAUAGACCAGAGCAUUCAGGAUUGUCCUGGUGACACAUCUGAACAGAAGAUUAGGCUGCUUCGAGUCUGGUAUCAGAGUCAUGGGAUGAAGGGAGCCUAUGGAACCCUAAUAAGCAGCCUGAGAGAGUUAAAAAUGUGCGCUAUAGCUGAUAAAAUCGAGAAGAAAAUGAAUGCAGCUAUUUCCAGCCCUCAGGAAGGGGGACGAUCUUAUAAUCCUGACACUGAGCAAAGCAAAACUUGCACUCAGGAAGGUAGAAACUCUUACAAUGACAGUGCUGAGCCAAGUAAAGCCUGUACUGCUAGUUUGGAAGAGACCUAGCGCAGAGUAAUUUGAAAAUUAUAUCUGAAUGUGUAUUUUUCUAAUAUAAAUAACAAAGUUUUUAAAUGACAUUUUCAUUGGAAGUUCUGAUUGAACUCAAGUGAGUUAUUAUAUGCAAAAGGAAUAAUUACAAAUUUUGUAGCAAUAUCUUUCCUUUAAAAAAGUUCUAGCCUUUUUUGGUUGUUAAGGACUUGAAGAAGUUUCAUGACUUGUUUACUGAAAGGUGCAAUAUAAGACUCCAUCUAUAGGAUUCAUUACAAAAGGAAAGAAGUUAUAAUCUGAAGAAAAGGAAUGGUUUAAAUGCAUGGUCUUGCAUUGUGUAAUCACUGUAAGGUUCUGCAUACAUUAAAAAUGCAGGCUGUUCCUUUUUUUUUUUUUAAGGGAAAGCUCUGGUAUUAUGAGUCUACAAAGUGUACCAGAAAGAGUACUUGAAAAAAAAAGUUGCCUACCUUACACUUGAUCAAUUUGAAAUGUGGGUGUUGCUGUGUAGAUUCUACUGUGCUGCAAAUACAGAUUCUAUUUUUCAUAAAAGCA